ACGAGAAUUUUUUUCGCGGAUUUUCUUAAUGCCUUUCGCACUUGCCUACUGUAAAAUCCCUCUAAAAGCUGGAAUUUAGAGAAGAGGAGGAAAUCAACUGUCUCAAAGUCUAGCUUGACCGUUGAAAAUUAUGCUAAUAUAUAGUUGUAUCAAGUAUCUGAAGUCACGCAGCCUCGAACCCUCAGGUUGGCUUAUUUGUAAAGUGGGUUAUUCGUUUUGAAAAUCUGUGGCCGAUCCAACCCGUUUUUUUGUUCGUGCCGUGGACACUCACCACCCACUGGCGAACGGAUGGGUUCAGAAAUUUCAAAGGAGGAGAAACAAAAGCGAAAAAACUUAGAACAUAACCUUAGUAAAAUGCAACGUAGCCUUCACGUGACUGCUCACGCUCACUACGUAUCUUCGGAAUACUACAGAAAGUGGAACGUUAGACUUCAAUACAUGUCUCUUGUGGUAGGUGCAGGUGGUGCCACAGGAGGCUUAGCAUCAACAUUUAAUUGGAAAACGUUCGUUGGACAUAAUCCUCGCCUUGCACCACUCGUCGCUGCGUUUUCAGCAACUUCAGCUAUCCUAUCCGUUACCAUACAUUUGUUACCGAAGAUCCAGAGUAUGCCUGCAAAUCUAUAUCAGAUGCACUUUAACUCUGGAAUAGAAUGCCAGUAUCUCGAAAAAAAGGUAAAGUUUAUGUCGGAGACCGAAGUUUGGGAUUCCAAAAUACCGUGGGCAUCUCUGGCAUCAAAGUACGAAACCCUGCUCAGGGACAAGAAAGACGUGGAUAGCGUGAUACAAACCGACUACUGGGCUUACCGAAAAGCUUUAAAGCUAAUUGAGGAAAGAGAUAGAGAGAAACGAGACCAAAACGUAAGAAUAGGAGAAGGAACCAUGCAAUGAGCCCCAGAAACUUGAGAGAAUCGUAAGCUGAUCUGUUUGUUACCGCAUAUGUA